UGCGCGCGGAAACUUCCGCCGUGGGAGCUGAGUUCUGCGUGGGUCCGCUACUGGCUAAUACAGCCGCUCCUGGGACCCACGCAGGCCAGGACUCCGAGCUAGGAUAUUUUUCCCCCGGUUUUGGAUCCAGAGCCUCUAGGCUUCUGUCGUGCGGCCCAUUCUUGCUCGGAGCCCAGAGCUCCUUCCAAGAGGGGCGCAUCUGGUUUGGGGCCAAGGCUCUCUAGGUUUAUGACGAUGGCUUCGGUUCCGGGCCAGGAAGGGCUCCUGAUAGUCAAACUGGAGGAAGACUGCGCCUGGAGCCAGGAGCUGACCCCACCUGACCCCGGGCCAAGCCCAGAGGCCUCCCACCUGCUUUUCCGACGGUUCCGUUUCCAAGAGGCCGCUGGUCCCCGGGAAGCCCUCAACCGGCUUCAGGAACUUUGUCAUGGGUGGCUGCGGCCUGAGCUGCGUACCAAGGAGCAGAUCCUGGAACUCCUGGUGCUAGAGCAGUUCCUGACCAUCCUGCCCCAAGAGAUCAAGGGCAGGGUGCAGGAGCUGCAUCCAGAGAGUGGCGAAGAAGCGGUGACACUUGUGGAGGAUUUGCAGAGAAAGCUUGGGAGACUGAGGCAGCAGGUCACAAACCAAGGGCGGGGAGCAGAAGUGCUUUUGGAGGAGACUUUGCCACUGGAAGCAGCAGGAGAGUCACCGAGCUUCAAGCUUGAGCCAAUAGAGACUGAGCGAAGCCCUGGCCCCAGGCUGCAGGAGCUGCUAGACCCCAGCCCCAAAAGGGACCCCCAGGCUGUAAAGGAGAGGGCAUUGUCUGCUCCCUGGCUUUCUCUCUUUCCUGCUGAAGGGAAUGUGGAAGACAAGGAGAUGACUGGGCCCCAGUUGCCUGAGAGCUUAGAGGACAUGGCAGUGUACAUCUCCCAGGAAGAGUGGGGCCAUCAGGAUCCUCGUAAGAGAUCCCUCUCCAGGGACACAGUACAGGAGAGUUAUGAGAACGUGGACUUGCUGGAAGCACGCAUUCCCAAUCAGGAGCCUUUGAGCACCCAAGUGGAACAAGGAGGGAAGCCAUGGGAUCCUAGCAUCCAGAGUUGCAAGGAAGGCAUGAAUUCCAGAAGCCCAGCUCCAGCAGGGGAAGAGAAGUUUGAGAAUCCAGAUGUAAGUGCUCAGUCUGUUUGUACUGAAAACAACCACUCUCAGGCACUGCUCCCUGGCCAGGCCAGAGGGGAGGUGCCCUGGAGUUCUGAGCAGGGAAGAUCUCAUGACAGGGCAGAAGGACCUUGGGACCCUCCCCUAGAGGACAGAAUGGAACAAUCCUUAGUGGAAGCCACAAGUUGCAGAGGCCUGGGGCAACCAAAGGAACUGCAGCCAAAGAAACUCCAUUUGUGUCCCUUGUGUGGCAAAAAUUUCUCUAACAACUCAAACCUAAUCAGGCAUCAGAGAAUACAUGCGGCGGAAAGACUGUGCAUGGGUGUGGAGUGUGGUGAAAUCUUUGGUGGGCACCCACAUUUUCUGUCACUACACAGAGGACACCUGGGAGAGGAGGCUCAUAAGUGCCUUGAAUGUGGAAAAUGCUUUAGCCAAAAUACCCACCUAACUCGCCAUCAGCGCACCCAUACAGGGGAGAAGCCCUAUCAGUGCAAUGUGUGUGGAAAAAGCUUCUCCUGCAACUCCAACCUUCACCGGCACCAGCGGACACACACUGGAGAAAAGCCGUAUAAGUGUCUUGAGUGUGGGGAGAUCUUUGCUCACAGCUCCAACCUCCUUAGGCACCAAAGGAUCCACACUGGAGAAAGGCCAUAUAAGUGUGCUGAGUGUGGGAAAAGUUUCUCUCGGAGUUCACACCUUGUCAUUCAUGAAAGAACCCAUGAGAAAGAGAGACUCGACCCCUUCUCAGAGUGUGGAGAGGGCAUGAGGAGUGACAGUACCCCCUUUCUUGCAAACCAUGCACCCCACAGAGUGGAGAAGAAACUUUUUGAAUGUUUGACUUGUGGGAAAAGCUUCCGGCAGGGCAUGCAUCUCACUAGACACCAGAGAACGCACACAGGAGAGAAACCAUAUAAAUGUACCCUUUGCGGGGAAAACUUCUCUCAUAGAUCCAACUUAAUCAGGCACCAGAGAAUUCAUACAGGAGAAAAACCUUAUACCUGUCAUGAGUGUGGAGACAGUUUCUCACAUAGCUCCAACCGGAUUCGUCACUUGAGAACACACACAGGAGAGAGACCAUACAAGUGUUCUGAGUGUGGAGAAAACUUCUCUCGGAGUUCACGUCUUAUGAGUCAUCAGAGAACUCACACGGGUUAGAAACUGGGAUAUCUCUUUGCCCUUGAUUAGAUGGCAUAUUCGGAGGGCUCUUUUAUUAAGAGCUGGCAUUCUUUGCCCAGGUAAUUAAUAUAAAGAGGAAAUUCAGGCUUCUUUUGAAAAGGAAUGCAGAGGCAGCAAAGGACACAAAAAGGAGUUCAGGCUGCAAUAGUAAGUAUGUGAGUUUUUGAGUGAACUGUUUAGGACCACUUUGAAGCUCAGCCUGCCCAAAGUGUACCCCCCUUCUUGGUGGGUAUAAGCAAGGUAUGGUUUGAGUGUCUGUCUGAUUGUGUUCAAUGCUUAUUCCAACAAUUUUGGAGAUCCAUGUAAUCCUCCUUCCUUAUUUGGGACAUUAAACCAGAGCAUUUGGACUCCCUAAGGCCCUUGAGACCAAAGAAGGGCCCUAGUUUGGGAAACCAGCUCAUGACCAAGAAGACUAGUUGUAAACAGCAGUUCUCUUGAAGGACCCAACUGGAAAGCCAGUUGUGUGGUUUGAGGGAAGUAUCCUUUCCCUCUGGGUUGAGUAAUCAGGCAUGAUCCCCCCACCCCUCACUCAUAUCUCCCUCCCCCCACCUCCAAUGGUCUGACAAGUGCUAUACAGGCAUGUCACACACAUGUGACCUCAAACCAAAAGGAACCAGAGACCUAAGAGAAACUGUAGACUGGAACUUGUAGGUGAUCCUAGAAAUUAACAGAUGAAAUGUGUGAUUAGUCUACCCAUGCAGAAAUCUGAGAUCUCUCACUUGUGUCCAAAAAAAAGAAAAAAUACGAAGAGCUCUGAAUCUUGUUCCUGGGUGGAGGGUUCCAUUAAAGAUGGAUUCUCUAGAAAGUAUUUAAAAUAUGGAUCCUAGAAAACUUGAGAUGUCUUUUUCUUGUUAAAAAUGUUUGGAUAGUAAUAAAUAUCUUUAGGAAAUGUAUGUGUGAGUCUUCAUUAUGACUUUACCCUGGGGACACAUGAUAUUGGCUUGAGGCAGGGUGGAAGAUGGGGAACAGUGAAAAGGCUGACACCGAUUCAGGGUGCAUUGUACCCUUAAUCUGGAACUGAAACCCAUUUGU